AUGCUCCUCUUACUGUUGCUCACUGUUUGGGGAAGUAGCAUCGGCGUGGAGAGCUCCCCAUUGCCCGAAUCCGGUCCACAUUUGGCAAAUGACUGGGGACAAGUAGUCCGACUCCGACAUCUGUACGCCGCAAGACACGGCUUACAUCUGCAAAUAAACACCGAUGGGAAAAUAGGUGGAUCGCACCUGCAAAGUUCUCACAGUUUGGUUGAAAUAUCGCCAGUGGAUAGGGGCUGUGUUGCCAUCAAAGCAGUUGCAACCUCCCGUUUUCUCUGCAUGGAAAGGAACGGGAAAUUGUAUGGAUCGCACAUCUAUACGAAGGAGGACUGCUCUUUUGUUGAACGAAUUCUACCAGAUGGUUACAACAUCUACAUCUCAGACAAACAUGGAGCACUGGUAAAUCUGGGUGGUGCUAAAAGCAAAUUGCAGAAUAAAGAUGGAACUGCUCUAUCCCAGUUCCUGCCCAUGGUGAACACACUAUCUCAGGAACCUACCAGUGACCACACAGGGAAGCAGCACUCUCCCAUUGAUCCGGAGCAGGACCAUCAAUUAGGACUUCAGAUAGACAGUAUGGACCCUUUUGGAAAGAUCUCUCAAAUAGUGAUCCAGAGUCCCAGUUUCAACAAAAGAUGAGCAGAGAACCAGCACUUGUGGAUGUUCUAAGGAAACGACCUAGAGGUCCGGUUUCUCAUCCAGAAACCGAAGAUGCAGAGGAAGACUUUCAGGAAGAGAUAAAGACAAUGUCAAGAGUCUAGUAAAGGCAUAUUCCACACUGGACACUGGGAAAAUGCAGCGUUAUAGACUGCAAACAAACGCAAAACCACUCCACAUGUUAAAGCUUAACAAGAUCAGCCAUAAUGAUGCAUGAACAGCAGCUUGAAUGUAUUUAUUUGUUGAUAUCAAUGUCU